AUGCUACCCAACGACAGCUCUCAGGAGCCGAGCAGCACUGAAGAGCUCGAGCAGCCUCCUCGGGAGCACUGGGCCGGUCUCCCCGAAUUUCCUCGGUUGUCAGGACCGACCAUGCCCGCCGUUGGACGCCAGUUUUUCAAGCAUUCUCCCACUACCAUCCUGAAGCUCGGAACUGACAAUGGCGAAGGCAUCAUGACCGCGCUGGCCUAUGCCAUCUUAGGCCCCUGCGUCCCUCGUGUCAUCAGCAUCGUCACGAUCCCGGUAACAAACCCGGACGCCCCAGCGCUAAACCAUACCAGUCAUGGUGUGGUCCUCUCACACCAACCAGGCACGCCGCUAGUGCAGCUCUGGCCCUCGCUCACGGCUCCUCAGCGAGAGGCCAUCAAGGCGGAGCUCUGCCGUCUCCUGGUGAGGAUGCGUUCGCGCCGCUUCUGCUACUACGGGCGGCCGACCCGAGAGUCAUACCGCCUCUUCUCAGAAUUCGGCACGGAGAUACAUCCAUGCUGCGCCUCUCGCUCCGAGUGGGACGAUUCGCGCGUCCAGGCGCUGCGGAAACACGCCCCGAGUGCCGAGCGCGCGGCCGACCUCGAGCGAGUGCAGCGCGGCACCGUCGGCGCGGAGGACUGGGACCGUCCCGUCCUCACGCACGCCGACCUGUCGGACCGCAACAUCCUCGUGGACCCGGACACGCUCGCGGUGACGGGCUUCCUGGACUGGGAAAUGGCAAACAUCGCGCCCGCGUACUUUGAGUACACCAUGGCGCGACUGUCCGGGGGCCACGAGCCUGAGUGGAGGAAGGAGGUGUUGGAUGUACUGAGGGCUGUUCUACGCAGCGAGUGCGAUGCUGAUGAGCGCCGGGGAGACCUGGGUGCUGAGAGCUCUGAUGACAGAUACAGCAGGACGUUGGCGGCGUGGGAUGCGGUCGUGGAUGUUGAGAGGUUCGCGCAGGACUAUGACGAUGCCUGUUACUGGACUUUUGAACAUUGA